GUGAUGUUACGUGACUCUCCUUCUUUCUUUCUUUCUGUCUCUCUGUCUUUGGUUUUUGCUUUUCAUGAUGUGCUUCUAAGCUACUGCACCUGUUCCCAGAUAUGAUCCUACAUAUUAAUUAUUUUUCUUUUCUUUUUCUUUUGUUAGUUUAGUUUGUUGAGUGAGUGAGUGGUGGCUAAUGGCUAUUCUUUUCUUGCAAUUUUUUGGUUUUGCUGCCUUUGAGUUUCUUGGUAAUAAUAUCGAUAUAAAAUAUGAGAUAGAUUAUCUGGUUAAUCUGGUUAUUGGUUGCUAAAUCUAGCUUCUUUUUUCCUCUUCUGUUUUUAAUUUUCUGCAUCGUCUCCGUCUUUUAUUUUCACACACAAGUCAAGUGAUUUAUACGUAUAUUAUUUAUGGGUUUUAUUUUAUGUGAUCGAUCUAAGAUAUUCUCGAAUAAUCACAUCUCUAGUCCAAACCCUUUUGCAUUACCUUAAAUUAAAUAAAUUGUCAAGCCAAUGUUAUGUGGAAUUGUUAGUAACUGCGCCUUUUCGUUCAAUGAGUUUUUGUCCUUCUUCUUUCACAAUAUUCUGUGAGGUUCCAUGGAAAUUGUUUGCAUUUUGUAAAUGUUUUGGUUGAAUGCCCUCUGGAUGGAUGAAUGCUGGGUUUCUUUUAAGGUUGGGUUGGGUACUUGGGAAGUGCAAAAGAGUAUAAUUAAGUAAUAUUCAUUGCGUGGUGGUGUUCUCGUGCAUUUUCUUUUCAAACUUGAAAGGGUUAAAUAUGUCUGAGUCAUGUGCAGAAGUUGGCAAAUUUCUGGAAAGUGGAAAGGAAGUAUGGCAGAUUCAUUGGGUUUGAUAAAAGUUACAGUCGUGCAAGGGAAAAGACUGGUCGUCCGGGAUUUCACGAGCAGCGACCCUUAUGUUGUUGUCAAGUUGGGCAAUCAGGUGGCAAAAACCAAGGUUAUCAACAGUUGCCUCAAUCCAGUUUGGAAUGAAGAGCUAAGCUUCUUCCUUAAGGAGCCUAUUGGAGAUCUAAGUUUGGAAGUGUUCGACAAAGACUUUCUGAAGACGGAUGAUAAGAUGGGAUAUGCUCACCUCAGCCUUCAGCCUAUAGUCUCCGCUGCUAGAUUGAGACAGAUUUUGCGUGUUUCUUCUGGUGAGACAACAUUAAGGAAGGUUGUCCCAGACGGUGAAAACUGCCUAGUUAGGGAAAGCUCCAUCACAAGUGUAGACGGUGAGGUGGUGCAGAGUGUUUGGUUGAGGCUUUGUGAUGUUGAGUCAGGGGAAAUCGAGCUGAAAAUCAAGUUACCUAAUGCGCCGGUUGCGUAGUGCGGAAGUUAGGGUUGGCUUAGGUGCAGACCUCUAACAAAAGGGAGAAGAAUUGAAUCUUCAUAGCAUGGUCAUUUUCUGUUGCAACUCCUCUAGGAAUGCCAAGGAGAUUGACAAUGUAGUGGGAUGAAUUUGUACUAGCUCAAGGGGGAGUGGGUUGUUUCAACUUCUGAAGACUCUUUAAUUUGGAAUCCUGUGCAUGUAUGAAUGUAUUGUAGGUUUUAUGGAUAAUGGUGUCAUCCAAUUCUUCUUUAAUUAUGUAGAAACUCAAUUUUUCAGGGUUUA